GGCAAAUAUAAAUGGGCAUUGCUAAGUAUUCUUAAUGUGUGUUGAAACAACUCAUUGUUUCGAUAUGUUUGACAAUGUUUUGUUAUGCUUUUGUGGAAACGUUGGAAUUUUGGUAUUCUACUAAUGUUUAGUUUCAGUUUCCUAAAAAACGGAAACAUUGCAGCCAUUUCGAUGGAAAGGAAAUGAAAUGAAAUUUUGUUCUUUAUAUUAGAUGCAUAGCAAUUUUUUUGACAUGGGUAUUUGGAGCCUUUCACGGUGGCCUUGCAACAGAUGAAUUGUGAGACAGAUGAUGGAUUCUGAAACAGUACUGACCAACACCAUCACAACGGUUAAUCUUGUAUUAUUGGCUUGUAGGUUAAAUCUAUUAUAUGCUUAGUCUUGUUUAAACUUUGUGCAGGUAUGGUUCUGUCUUGAUGGGGAAGGAGAUUUCUAGCUUUAAAUCCAUCAUGAAAUCAUUUAUGGUUUUGAUUGUGACGGCACUAGCCAUGGGGGAGGCUUUGGCUAUGGCACCAGACCUUCUAAAAGGGAACCAAAUGGUGGCGUCAGUCUUUGAGGUUCUUGACCGAAAAACAGAGGUCAAAGGCGAUAUUGGAGAAGAGCUGAUGAAGGUGGAUGGCAUUAUAGAGCUGAGGGGUGUCCAAUUUCACUACCCUUCAAGGCCCGAUGUACUCAUUUUCAAGGACUUCAAUCUAACUGUGCAUGCAGGCCAGAGCAUGGCAUUAGUCGGGCAGAGUGGUUCCGGUAAAAGCUCAGUGCUUGCCCUUGUCCUACGGUUCUAUGAUCCAGCAGCCGGGGAGGUGAUGAUUGACAGGAAAGAUAUCAAGAAACUCAAACUCAAAUCUCUCCGGAAGCACAUUGGCCUAGUCCAACAAGAACCAGCUCUCUUCGCCACAUCAAUCUACGAAAACAUACUUUACGGGAGAGAAGGAGCCUCAGAAGCAGAAGUAAUCGACGCAGCAAAACUAGCUAAUGCCCAUAGUUUUAUUAGUGCCCUUCCAGAGGGCUACUCAACCAAAGUUGGAGAGCGAGGAGUUCAACUCUCCGGUGGCCAGAAGCAAAGGGUAGCCAUUGCUCGGGCUGUUCUAAAAAACCCGGCUAUCUUGCUACUAGAUGAAGCCACGAGUGCUCUAGAUGUGGAGUCAGAGCGAGUCGUGCAACAAGCUUUGGAUAGGCUGAUGAAGAACCGAACCACGGUCAUGGUGGCCCAUAGGUUGUCCACCAUUAAAAAUGCAGACCAAAUAUCAGUUUUACAAGACGGGAAGAUAAUAGAGCAAGGGACUCAUUCUAGUCUUGUGGAGAACAAGGAUGGGGCAUACUUCAAGUUGAUCAGCUUACAACAACAGCAACAACAUUGUUAGCCGUAACAACCUCAAAAAAACAUCUUCUUUUACUGUUGUUAUUUUUAUUUUUAUUUUUCGAUAAUAAAUCUAUUGUUUCUAUGAAAAGACAAUAAUUACACAUGUUGAGAAAUGAUUUUACAUUUUAGAAUGGGUUUGUUUACUCUUCUCUCUUCA